CCUUGUUCCACCUAGAAAAAGAAAAAGAGAGAAAAUAUCAAUAGCUGUUGGGUUAAAAGUAAACAAAAACCGUAGAAAAGGAUACCCUCGCAUAGAUCCCUAUGAAUCCAUUCCAUCAAACCAAAUUUUAGGUACCGACGAACCACACAACCACUACUUCUACACUACCAAAAAAAAAUUCACGUGGAAUCCAAUUAGUACAACACACUACCCAACUUUGGUAAUGUUCGUAUUAGCAUUUUCUCAAACAUUGUGCAUUCAACAACUACAACAAUAACAACAGUAACAGUAAAUGUCUCUUCCGCCGUAGUAAGUACUAAACCGACGGUUAGAGAAACAAAAUCACAAUGCAAGAGACGCUGUUAAAUGUUUCAGAGCUACAACACCUUCAAGAGACUAAUAAUGCUAAGAAGAACAAAUCAGAGGAUAUGGAAGUGGUAGUGGUUGCAGCACCGUGCCGUCGACCACCGCGGACACGGCGCGUGUCGCCGACGACGGUGGAGAAGGAGCUUCCGAAUGGUGAUGUGUAUAGUGGAAGCUUGUCCGGGAACACGCCGCACGGGAAAGGGAAGUAUGUUUGGUGUGAUGGGUGUAUGUAUGAAGGUGAAUGGAAGAAGGGAAAAGCGUGGGGGAAAGGGAGGUUUUCGUGGCCUUCAGGGGCGACUUAUGAAGGUGAGUUUGUUUCUGGGAGGAUGGAAGGUUCUGGAAGUUUUGUUGGUGUGGAAGGUGAUACGUAUAGAGGUAGUUGGGUUUGUGAUCGGAAGCAUGGGUUUGGUGAGAAAUGUUAUGCGAAUGGGGAUGUGUAUGAGGGAUGGUGGAGGUUCAAUUUGCAAGAUGGGGAAGGGAAGUAUAUGUGGAAGAACGGGAAUGAGUAUGUUGGAGAGUGGAAAUGUGGAGCUAUAUCGGGGAAUGGGAUGUUGAUGUGGAAGAAUGGUAACCGGUAUCAAGGUUGUUGGGAUAACGGUGUGCCGAAGGGGAAAGGUGUGUUUACGUGGCGCGAUGGGAGUGUUUCGGCUGGGAAUUGGGGGAAUGAGGAAGAGAGGAAUGUGAAUAAGAGAGUUUCUGUUUCUGUGUCUGUGGAUGGUUCUAAGAGUGUGGUUUUUCCGAGGAUUUGUAUUUGGGAACUUGAUGGGGAAGCUGGUGAUAUUACUUGUGAUAUUGUUGAUAAUGUGGAGGCGUGUAUGUUUUAUAGAGACGGAAGUGAAUCGGAGAAUGGUGGUGGAGAUGCAGGGUUGUCGCAGAAGAGUCCUUGUUAUUCGCUUGAUGGGGAUGUUAAGAAACCUGGUUUUACUGUUUCUAAGGGGCAUAAGAGCUAUGAUUUGAUCCUUAAUCUUCAACUGGGUAUUAGAUAUUGUGUUGGGAAGCAUGCUUCGGUGCCUCGAGAACUUAGGUCAGGAGAUUUUGAUCCAAAGGAGAAGUUCUGGACGAGGUUCCCUCCGGAAGGCUCAAAGUUUACGCCUCCGCAUCAAUCGGUGGACUUCAGGUGGAAAGACUACAAUCCAGUGGUGUUCAGGCAUCUUAGAGAAUUAUUCGCUAUAGAUCCGGCUGAUUACAUGCUUGCGAUUUGUGGCAAUGAUACACUGAGGGAAAUGUCUUCGCCUGGCAAAAGUGGAAGCUCCUUUUACCUCACUCAAGAUGACCGAUUUAUUAUCAAGACCUUGAAGAAGUCUGAAGUCAAGGUGCUGAUCAAGAUGCUUCCUAGUUACUAUCAGCAUGUUUCUCAGUACAAGAACUCGCUGGUUACCAAGUUCCUGGGAGUUCAUUGUGUCAAACCUAUUGGAGGUCAAAAGACUCGGUUUAUUGUAAUGGGAAAUGUGUUUUGUUCGGAGUAUCGGAUUCAUAAGCGGUUUGACCUUAAAGGUUCUUCUCAUGGCCGUACAACCGAUAAGCCCCAUAAGGAGAUUGAUGAGACUACUACUCUUAAAGACCUCGAUCUUAGUUAUAUCUUUCGCCUGGAGAAAUCUUGGUUUCAAGAGCUUAAAUGGCAACUUGAUAAAGACUGUGAGUUCCUGGAAGCAGAGGGAAUAAUGGACUACAGUUUUCUCAUUGGCCUUCAUUUUCGUGAUGAUUACUUAACCGAUGAAAUGAAAAAUUCACCUAAUGACUUGAGUUCAGGCAAGAGAGACAUACAAAAUGAUGACAUGCAGGACAUGAGGUGGAUACCCAUAGGCAGGGGACCUCUAAUCCGGCUGGGAAUAAACAUGCCAGCAAGAGCUGAGAGAGUGUGUAAAGCUGGAUUGGAUCAGCAGCACACUGGAAGUAGCAAAUUAACCUCUUCAGAGAGUAGUGGUGAGAUCUCUGAUGUAAUCCUAUAUUUUGGCAUCAUUGACAUUCUCCAAGACUAUGAUAUUAGCAAAAAGCUAGAGCAUGCAUACAAGUCACUACAAGUGGACCCCGCCUCAAUCUCAGCCGUUGAUCCCAAGCUAUAUUCCAAAAGGUUUAGGGAUUUCAUACACAGAAUCUUUGUAGAGGACAAAUGACAACAUGGUUGGAGAGAGGCAAUAGGUGAAUUGAACCAGGACACACAUUGGUGAAAUGAAGCCUUGCUUAUUGCUAUUGAUGGCUAAAUUUUUCUCAUAGCCAUUGCAAUGCAAUGCAUCAUAGGGCAUGUGAUGAGAUUUAUUUAUUUCUUUAUGUUAUGGUUAUGGAAAAGGGUAUAGGGAAAAUAGAAAAAUGUGUAUGCAUGUGGAUUAUGGAGUGGGAGGGAUUCAAAUUUGACCAAGGUGGUGGGGUAAAUAACUGUACAUACAGUCAAAGAUGGACACAAUGAAAUUGAAUGAAAUGAUGAAUGAAUGAAUGAGUUAACAUCUUUGGUUGGAUUGGAUUGGAGAGAGAUAAAAAGUUGAUGAUUUGCCUGGUGAGCAAGAAAGAAAAGUUCCUACAGAGGACCCCUCAUUCUGUCAGUUUCUAGCUUUCUCUGCUGUAUCAGUAUGCAUUCAAAUGGGUGUUUUCUCACUUUUGCAGUGAGUAAAGCAUAAAGCAUGAAAAGAAGAGAAAGAAAGAGUUGGGUGUUUCCUUGGUUAAUGUUCUUUCUUUGUCACUCUAUAACCAAGUUUGAAAAAGCAUAAUGACAAUAAUACAAGAGUAUGUACUUUUUGCUUCUUUUGAACAAUACCAAUAAACGAUCAACGCGACAAAGCAAUAAAUUUGGGCACGUAAUAUGAAUCGGUUUGGUAUGUGAGAGCGAUGGCUAUCUAUGCUUUUUGUGCUUUUGAAUUUUAAUAAUCCAAAGGUUCAACAAACUUGGCAUAAAAGAGAGGCCUACGCAUUCGGUAUAAAUAAUAAAAAAGUUUUUCCAACAAAAAAGCAAGUUUGGUUAAUACAUUGGGAGGAGAGAUGAGAUUUUAAUGGAGUGGAAAGGGAGAGAAGGUGAAAGAUUUUAAAAUAGUGUUUAGUUGAAUGUUGGGGGUGACUAACACGAGUCUACUCUUAGUUUAUACAGGUUUAAGUUAGAUAAGAUUUUUUUUUUUUUAAUAUAGAAGGUCUAGGUUUUUUCCAGGCAAUUUCUUUUUCUAUUUUUAUGGUGUGAUUCAUACAUUUGAAAACUCCAAAUUGUCUUUAGAAUUUUUUGGAGAUGCAUCUUCGAAUGCAUUUUAUCCUGUUUUUGUCAAAAAUUGGUUGGGAGAUGCAUCUUCGAAAGUUAUGGACAUUUUUGCAUUUUUACCAAGG